ACCAUCGUACUGCUAAUUUCACAAUCACGUAAAUCAUUUAUCCAAGUCGAUCGUAUCGUUUCUCUGGAAUUAGUUCUAUUGAACUUCAAGCAAAAAAGCUAGGUCUUUAUUGAAAAUGUCGAGUGGUUUGGCAAAGAGAAAGAUGGUGACGGUGCUAAGCAUUGACGGAGGUGGCAUUAGAGGCAUCAUCCCCGGCACAAUCCUCAGAUUUCUUGAAUCCAAGCUUCAGGAUUUGGAUGGUCCGACUGCAAGGCUUGCAGAUUAUUUUGACAUAAUCACCGGGACUAGCACCGGAGGUUUGGUCACCACCAUGCUUACAGCUCCCAACAAGGACAAUCGACCCAUGUAUGAAGCGAAGGACAUCAACAACUUCUACUUGGAACAAUCACCUAAGAUUUUCCCUCAAAAGAGCCGGAAUAACUUCUUGACGUCAAUUCAAAGUCUGGUUGGUGCUGUGUCGGGACCCAAAUAUGACGGGAAGUACCUGAGCAGUUUGACGACGGGGCUGCUUGGCGACCUCACUAUGAAACAAACUCUAACCAAUGUGAUCAUUCCUACGUUUGAUGUCAAACACCUUCAGCCUGUGAUUUUCUCCACCAUUGAUGCAAAAGAAAGUUCUUUGAAAAAUGCAAAGCUUUCGGAUAUCUGCAUCAGCACAUCUGCAGCUCCAACAUUUUUCCCUGCACACUACUUUGAGGUUACUGACAAUCAGGGAACAACUCGUACUUUUGAUCUUAUUGAUGGUGGAGUUGCUGCAAACAAUCCUACAAUGAUAGCCAUAAGUCACAUAAACAGAGAGAUGUUGAAGCACGACUCAGAACCACUGGAUGCUACUAGGUUGCUAGUGCUGUCAUUGGGCACCGGCUCCGCCAAGUCGGAAGGGAAGUACACCGCAGCCGAGGUCUCAAAAUGGGGUUUGAUCAAUUGGUUGUUUAACAACGGGAGCACACCUUUGGUUGACAUGUUCGGCGAUGCAAGUGCUGAUAUGGUUGACAUUCAUGUCUCCACUCUCUUCCAGUCCCUCAAUUGCAACGAUAACUACUUACGCAUUCAGGAUGAUAAUCUGGUUGGUGAGGAGGCAUCAGUGGACAUUUCAACGGAGAAGAAUCUGAAGAGGCUUGUGGAGAUCGGAAAUGCGCUGUUGAAGAAGCCAUUGUCAAGAUUGAAUCUCGAAACCGGUAGGUACGAGACAUCUGAGGGAGAAGGUACCAACGAAGAAGCACUGGUCGAGUUUGCCAAACGGCUCGCGGAGGGAAAGAAGCUCAGGCAAAAGAACUGAGAGACAGUCCCAUGUAAUAGUUUAAAGAAGAUGUUCUGGCUAUUGUAACAGAAUAUUUACAGUUCGUAUUCCUCGUGGAUUCAUAUUUGUUCUAUUUUAAAAUAAUGGAAGUAUUAAACUUCUAAACUAAUAAGAAUAUCUAUAUUGUUUCAUCAUUGAAACAAAUUAUCUCCAAAUUGUUCAUGGCUUUUGAAAAUAUGAAAGAAUGUACGUACGAGCUAGCAAACAUAUAGCUGGAUCGAUAAUUUUCUUGA